AGCCCAGUGAUGGCAAACGCAUCUGGAGGGGAAAUGGCGGAGUUGCCAAGCACGAAGCAUACAUGCAUGCAGAGUCUCUCCAUGAGAGUCUAGAAUUAGCACGAGCCUAUGUUCUAAGUAUAAAUGACCUCUCAUCAUUGGGUUUAUACACAAUAUCUUACAAACUUCUCGAUAGGAUUCAAUCUCAGCCACAACUCUACGCUUUGACUCGAGUCUCGCCCAAUCAUCUUAUCGUCUCGUAAAAUUUCCAGACCGACAAAUUCAUCCUUCAAGAUGUUAGGCAGCGUUCUUCCAUUCAACGAGGAGACGGCAGACCGCGUCAGCGAGUACUGCGAGAAGCGGUCAACCGUGAUUCCCGAUGUCCUUCAAAAGCAUUGGGAGUACACUCGUACGCAUUUUUCCGAUGCUGACAAGAUGUCUUCGCGCCUCCAAGGUGCAUGGAUGAUCUUUACCGCCAAGGAUCGCAAGCCUAAGCGGGGUACGUAUAUCUCCAACUUAGGCGAAUUCAUCCUCCUUUGCUCCGGUGUAACUCGAGCUUUUCGGCUAUACCCAAGCCCGAAAUUGAUGGAAAUCACUAACAUGCACACAGUCCUAGAAAUCGGUGCCUAUAGCGGGUAUAGCGCUCUCGCAUGGUACGAGGGGACCAAAGAUACCAAGGCUGAAAUCGUCACCUUGGAGUUGAGCCCAAAGAUGAUCGCUGCUUCCCGCAAGACCUUCAAGGACUACGGCGUGGAAGAUCGCGUCAAGCUGAUUGAAGGCCCUGCGGAUCAGACCCUCAAAACUCUAAAGGGCGACUUCGAUAUCAUCUUUGUCGACGCCAACAAGGACGGCUAUGCCACGUACGUUCAGACCAUUCUGGACCAGAAGCUGUUGUCUCAGAAUGGCAUAAUCUUGUGCGAUAAUGUCUUUGCGCGAGGUCUCACAAUCGGCGCUGAUGCUGCACCGUGGCUCAACGACCACGUGCGGCCGUAUUGGCUAGGCUGUGGCCAGGCAUUGGACGAAUUCAACACCCGUCUCGUCGAAGACCCCCGAGUGGACGUUUUGAUCAUGCCCGUUUUCGACGGUGUCACACAAAUCAAAUGGAGAUCUGACGCGCAGAUUUGAGGAUGCAUAUCAGAUCUCAUGCUGACUGAGAUAUUGCUGCCAUGCGUGUCAUUGGGGCACUAGUACUAGUUUCUCAACGGGUUAACCCGCGCGUAUGCACGCUGCAAGGUUCUGCUCUUGGUGCUUCCCACCUCAGGGUUCUUUCGGUCAGAUUGUCCUUGAGGCGAGAAGUCCCUUAACGAUCAUACUCAUAAGCUUUCAUUUACCCCUAUGGGGACAAUGCAUAAAGUUCUUACCUG